CUGCCCCGUCGCAGGAGGAGGAGGGGGGCAAUCCCUGCUUUUAUUUUUCUUUCCAGACGGCCACAGCAGAGCACAAAAACAAACUUGAACCAGACGAGCUUUGGGUCAACCCUUGCGCUCGUGUCCUCGUCUGAAGCAGAGGAACUGAAGGUGUGUAACUGAAGAGAUUUCCUCUAUUUUAUAUUUCCAUUGUUGGAAAAAAGGGAAGGGCUCUGUCAAGAAAAAAAAACAACGUUUGGAAAUUAAGUUAUGCGUCAGUGAGUGCGCACUUAACGCAUAGUGUUGCACCAUGAAAGUUUGAGAUGCUGGAUCGUCUGGGCCGUGUUCCUGUGCAUGUGUUAGGCUUUGCUUCCUUUGUUGGUGUCGUCUCUUCAGGACUCGCUGUGAUCAUGUAUCGCCUUUAAAAACUUUUAAAGCGCACUCGAAACCUGUGGAGGUAAGGCGCAGAGAGAAUGGGGGCCAAACCGAGCAGCCCCGUGUUUGACGGUAGAACUCGGGCUUACUCCAGCUCUGACCUCCCAUCUGGAAACCCCAACGGAGGAGAAAGGAUUGCGGGGUUUAGGUACACAAAUGGACCUGAUGGCCCCCGGAUCCGAUACACAGGUGGAGGGCCAACGAGCUCCGGGCUCAGUAUACCGGCCGGCGGCAGGUCAGGGUCACACGUACUCAAUCAGAGCCUCGAUGUCACAGAUGGUGACGAUGAGGACCAGCUUCCUCCUGAGGGCCACAGGCUGCUGAUAGGGUCCCUACCAGCUCAACUAUCUCCUCGACUGCUGGGAGGCUUCCACUGUCCUGUUUGCUCCAAGUUUAUGGAAUCGGGGGAAAUAGAGAAGCACCUGCUCAUGUGUUUCAGCAAAACGCGCCUCACCUACAACAAGGACAUCCUGUCCAGAGACUCUGGGGAAUGUUCCAUCUGUUUAGAAGAGCUGGAGCAGGGAGACACCAUUGCCAGGCUGCCCUGCCUCUGUAUCUACCAUAAAGGGUGCAUAGACGGGUGGUUUCAGGUGAAUCGCUCAUGUCCGGAGCAUCCCACCGAGUAAGAGCUGCACUGUGCUUGACUGUGCGCCCUUACCUCAUCCCACCACUGUCUGUUCUGGCCAAGCAUCAGCAAUUCUCAGGGAUUGUAAGACGUUACUGUUUACCAGAUUUUUCAUAUUGCCACAUGGAACAGCGGUGGACUUCAGAUAGGCUUUCUCCAGAGGUCUUGGAAUGUUCAAAGAACCACUUGUGGAGUCAUUUUGUCUCUGGAAAGUAUGUGAAUUUUUCUCAUGCCACCUUCUGGCCUAAAGUGGGUUCAUGCAACCUGGAAUCUGAACUGAACUAUUUUGUUGAACUGGGUGUGGUUUUAUAGUGGUGGACUUGUACGCCCUGCAUAAAGAAAGAUGUCUGACGUCUCUUUUCAGAGAUUUAGACUGAGAAUCCGUUGAGAGACUGGAUCAGAAGGCUGAUGUUGUGCAAUAUGAAAAACAGCCAUACAGAGUGAUAAAUGUCUAUAUCAGCUUUAAGGGAUGAUUGCAGUGUUGAUGGUAGUUAGGAAAAAUAUCUUAAUUUUAUUGCAAAAUUGGAUAUCAAUGUUGUUCGUUAAACAAUCAUCAGUCUGACAUGAUAUAGUCUGACUUUGUUAAUCACGUUGGCAAUUUAGAACCACAAUAAUGUGACUGUAGUUCAGUGGUGGAAUUAUAGAUAGGGUGAAACAUAUUUAAUGAUGAUUCAUACUCUCUAAGGAGUGCCAUAUUAUGCUGCUACGUCACAGACUGGAAAGUUUUCCUAUAACCUUUGAACCUUUGUCCUGUGUUCUUUCUAUUUGUACUGUAAUGAAUUGCACAACAAUAAAUGUUUUGUCUUUGUGGCUUUUUCCUGCA